UCAGCUUCAAGCGGCCCAUCACUAGUAUAAGCGAAGUUUAAAAAAAAAAAAAAAAAAACAUGAGGAGAGCUCCCGACGCUUUCUCAUUAAAGUUAAGAUAACCGCAAUAAUACAGCUCUCCUUUCUCCUGGCGGAUUAAAUUCGCUGAAUAUUUCACUCAAGAAAGGGCUUGUUUACAGACAUGCACCAACCAUCCCGGCAGGGCUAUGUAUCUAUAAACUGUCGUCAAGGAAGUGGGAGUUACAAUAAGGGUAAACAGUCAAGAAAGCAAUCCUGCUGGAGGAAGUGGAAGCAGCUAUCUAGGCUGCAGCGGAGCAUCAUCCUAUUCAUCCUUGUCCUUAUGUUCAUAUGUCUAAUAGCUUCCUAUCCUACUGAACACUUCAAAGAUGGAGACCAGGACACAGACAGUAACAGCAUCCUGAAGCCCUUUCCACCAGAGCCUAUGAAACAGGGCCAACCACCAUUGCCAGAACAACCCUCUCAGAGGAAAUUAUCCAAUAAGAGAGGACCACCUGUACUGAAUCGCCUUCAGAAUAAAGGAAACACAGAUACAAGUGAUGUAGAGAAAGCAACUGACAGCAGCAAGAAGAAAGAGGAGGACCAGGGAAUCAUCAGCUGGCAUGGGGCUGUGAUCGAUACUGACCGUGGCACAGAAGGGACUAAGGAUGGAGGAAAUAAGGAGCAGUCACCUACCGGCCAGAAAGCUAAAGACCCAGAAGCUGUUCGGCUGGUGGCAGUGCAGGAAGCUUUCAGACAUGCAUGGAAGGGUUAUAAAGACUUUGCUUGGGGCCAUGAUGAGCUUAGGCCCAUCUCUAAGUCGUACAGUGAGUGGUUUGGUCUGGGUUUGACGCUAAUUGAUGCCUUGGAUACCAUGUGGAUCCUCAACCUUAAAGAAGAAUUUGAGGAAGCAAAGGCAUGGGUGGCCACUGAGCUCACAUUCAACAAGAAUGUAGAUGUUAACCUGUUUGAAACUACCAUCCGCAUCCUGGGAGGUCUAUUGAGCACCUAUCACCUGACUGGAGAAACACUGUUCCUAGACAAAGCUAACGAUAUUGGUUCCAGGCUGAUGCCAGCCUUCAACACACCUUCUAAGAUCCCCUACUCUGAUGUGAACAUUGGGAAAGGUACAGCACACCCACCUCAUUGGACCUCAGACAGCACUGUGGCUGAAGUUACAAGCAUCCAGCUGGAGUUCAGGGAGCUCAGCCGCCUCACCCAGGAACCACUGUACCAGGAUGCAGUGGCUGAGAUUAUGAAACAGGUUCAUAAGCUGGAUGGCAAGCUUGAUGGUCUUGUCCCCAUGUUCAUCAACACAAACAAUGGACAGUUUACCCAUCAGGGUAUCUACACGCUCGGAGCCAGAGCAGAUAGCUACUAUGAAUACCUGCUGAAGCAGUGGAUACAGGGAGGCAAGAAAGAGGACCAACUCUUGGAGGACUAUCUGCAGGCAAUAGAGGGCAUAAAGAAGAACCUGUUGCAGAAGUCAUCUCCCAAUGGCCUUACCUUUGUUGGAGAGGUGUCACAUGGACAAUUCAGCCCUAAAAUGGACCAUCUUGUGUGUUUUCUUCCAGGGACUCUGGCCCUUGGUUCUUACAAUGGUUUGCCCUCUGAUCAUAUGGAUCUUGCCAGACAGCUGAUGGAGACCUGCUACCAGAUGUAUGUCCAGAUGGAAACAGGCCUCAGUCCUGAGAUUGUUUAUUUUAACAUGCAUCAAGACAGCACCAGAGACACUGAUGUUAAGCUUGCAGAUAGACACAACCUUCUGCGACCGGAGACUGUAGAGAGUCUCUUCUACCUAUACAGGUUCACAAAGGAUCACAAGUACCAGGAUUGGGGCUGGGAGAUUCUCCAAAACUUUAACAGAUACUCCAAGGUUUCCUCAGGUGGCUACACCUCCAUCAACAAUGUGCGCGACCCGGACUACCCGAGCCCUCGAGACAAGAUGGAUAGCUUCUUCCUGGGGGAGACCCUGAAAUAUUUCUAUCUGCUUUUCUCAGAUGACCCCAACUUCAUCAGCUUGGACCAGUUUGUCUUCAAUACAGAGGCACACCCCCUACCUAUAUGGCCUUCUGCUGUGUGACACAAGUGCAAACAGUGCAAACUUCUCAGGGUUGGACUAUCACCAAGAUUAUUCUUUUGUCGUCAGUGUCAGUGACUUGUGUACACAUUCACUGUCUCUAUGAAUUCCUCCAGUUCAGUUUGUGGCUGUUCCCUGUAUAUUUAUUUGACUUGUUGUCUUUGUUGCAUGCACUUGUGCUGAUGCUGGAGAAAGGGGAAACUUUCUUUUCUAAGGAACACACAGCAUCAACAGCUGUGUGAAAACUGACUAACUGAAAUUGCCAUUUUUGUGUCGUGAUACAAAGUUCCAAAACAGCUUUGCAGUCAUGUUUGCCAGACAUUAUAUUUGUAACAUUGCAAAAGUUCAUGUCACAGCUGUUCUAUUCUGACUGCUGUGACACAGUACUGUGAGUGAUGGCAACAGCUGUCAGUUUGAACUGAAACCUGCCCCACCUAUAUCCUGACAAGAAGGUAGUUCCUCAUCACACCAUGUCAUAAAGUCAGUAAAGUGCUCGACUCAGUUUCAGAUACCCUUUCUUCUAAAUAAAAGCAGGAAAUCACACUGGAGCUUCCUGACGGAGGAUGGGCAAGUCCUCAUGCGUGUUUGGUUUCUGUGCUGCAUUCAUGUGUACAGAAAAUAUCACUACCCAAAAUUCUUUUCUUUUACUUCAGUGAAAGAGUGUGUGCUGCUCUUUAUAAUUAUACCCAACUUUUAGUUGGCACACUGAACCUCUCUGAGAAGCUAGAAAUUAAUCAAGCAUAAUAUUCAACCACUAAAACUAUAAUGCAAAUAAAAAACUGUAAUAAAUGUGCUUUACUAUUUUUUUUCAAAUUCUUUAUUAAUAACAAGUAACUGUUUUAGCAUUCAAAAUAUUGUUCUGAUUAAAAAGCUUGCAUAUAGUGGUAGGUUACAGAAGCAUAAAAAAUGAUUAAUACUGCUGUGGCAUAAACCUUACACUGGAUGGUGCUCUAGCAAAUUUGUUAAGCACUGCAUGAAGUAGAGGGAUAAUCAGUUGUAAGUAAAUUAUUUUUUUAAAGAUAAUUUUUUUACUAAAAUAAUGUAAAAAUUCUAAAUGGUGAUUGUGUACAUGCAGUUUUCAUAAUAGGAUUUACAGGGCCUGGUCUGAUUGGGCUAAAAUAAGUGGCAUCUUAGCUCUAAGAUGAGUGCUGGGUAAUUGUUCAAAUUAUGCUUAAGAAAUCUGAAGUAUUCCUUAUAAGAAAAAAUUUUAUACGUUUUAGGAUUCCAGUUCACUAAUUUGAACCGCUUUAUAAACUAUUAAGCACUUUCUAUGUUGAUUCAUGUCUCCUUAACUCCUUUUCCAGUGUUUAAUGUUUAUUUAACACUAUUUACAGACAUCAAACAUGUGGUACAGACAUCAAGCUUUAAUUUCUUUAGAGAAGUCGUUUUAAACCUUGUAGAAAUUUGGUUUUAAGAUUAGUUUUGUUUUAUGAAUAAAUUUAGUAUUUAUUUAAAAGCUUUUUUAUGAAAGGUUCCCAGAUUGCAUAAACAAUAUUUACAUAGAGCUUCGUUAGGACAUACCACUUAACUUUAGACCGUAUUAUUGGGCUGCCAAGAUUAAACAACUAAAUUAUUCACUUCAAUAAGAUAACAAUGAUUCUUCACCCACCUGGCUGAUGAUGGAAGCUAAUUCUGCCCAUUAAAGGGCAGACUCUCUAUUUAUAGUAACUCUUCUCCUUACGAAAAGAAUGGGAUUGUUAAUCAUCUUUGAUAUGGUUUAUAGUAAAUUUUGUAUAAACUAAAUCAGCCCUGUCUUUCAGAAUUAUUCAAUGUUCAAAAUCGCCAAUCACAUGAGUGUUUUUUUCUUUGCAGGUUUACAGUUGGAACCAGUUAUUAUUGAUCUUAAUUUGCUGAUACAUGGGAAAUAGUUCUGCAUUCUGGUUAAUUUAGCCAUAAAAUAUCUCUGAUAUCUGUAACAUUUUAAGAAAAAUAUUAGCAUAUUUUAAACCUUGUGGCAACUUUUAAAAAAGUUUUUGUCAUGCUUUUUGUUUCACUUUAUACAACAUGGCUCGUUCAAGGCUCAAGUGCUUUCUAUCUACCUACAGUCAUACUCUGAUACUUUGACACACAAGACUAGAGCAACCAGGGAUCAAACCACCAAUCCUAAUUAGUGGAUGACCUACUCUCCCUCCUGAACUACACUGAACCCCAGUAGAAGUGGUGAAAUGUCUGUACUGCAGGCAGGCCAGCUGAGCACACAGACUCUUCUGCUAUGAACCCAUGUUGUUUUAAUAGAUGCACUUUAGCAUCGGUUUGCAGAAAUAUGCAAUGCCAACCUGAAAGAAACAUUGCCUGGAUGGGACUAUAUGUUGCUAACCUGUAUUUAAACUGAAAAAUGAACUGAGCACAGAUUUAAAAAAAAAAAAACAAAAAACAAAAAAAACAAGCCCUAAAACUCAUAAGGACAUUUUGACCAUUUUUUUAAACCACAGAAGUUAUCCAGUGUUCAUUCUGGACACAUACACAGGGGCCGAUCCAACAGGCAAAUAAAAAAAAACCCCAAAACGACCAGAAUUCUAUUAUUUAAAAAAAAUCAAUAAAAUUUUAUUUUAUUAAUAAUAGCGCCAAAUCCCAAGAAUGGUUGCCAGUUUAUAAAUGUUAGAAAUCUGCCCCUUUCUCCCCUACACUGCUAGGCUAGUGGUCUCACCCAAGGUGAAUGAAUGACUGCAACAGGUGUGACAGGAAAAUGGAACAAAUGUGAAUUGGAUAAUUUUAUAAAACUGCCAGCAGGUUAGCAGGUCACAAUAUGACUUCAAAGAUUGAAUGGAUUUAAAUGAAGAAGCCAAGGUGCCCUCACAAUUACAGGGCCUGCUGAAACUUACAACCAAAGCAACAAAUCCAGUAAAACGGAAGCAAUUUUAUUUGGUCCCAGUCGUUCCUCUGGUACCCCAGAUGUUGACUUUGCUGCUCUGACCCCUCACCUUAAGAGCUUGGUUACUAAUCUUGGGGUUAUAAUCGACAAUGCACUUAGUUUUGAUGGGGUUGUGAAAUCUUCAUUCUAUGAUGACCUUAGACGCCUAAGUCAAAAUCACACUGUCAAAAUUAAAAACUCUACUCUGUUUUGGGCAAGAAAGCCAUUUAAAUGCAUGUAAUAGUAAGGAAUCGCCUUGUCUGGGUGAAAUAAAGCGUUUUUGUACAGCUUCAUAACGAUAGCUGUAACAAUUGAAAGAAGACUUACACAAGCAUAUAUGGCUGAAUCUUAUAGAAUUCAACAUCCCCAUGUUGUUGUUACCGGCACCAGACCUAGGGGAAUCUGGACCUGCAGCAAGCAUCACACAGGCUAGAAAGCACUGCGUAGCCAAGUAUGAACAAACUAUGGAUUAAUAGAGAGGACACCGAAGGUAGCGUUUUGCUCAGGCCGGAGCUGAUUUAUUUGUUCAACUUAUACACAAUACAAAUGACACUAAACCAUGAAUUCUUCCAAUAAAAUAACAGAUUUCAUAAACAAAAAUAAAGUUACAAAAAGCAUUCUCUCAAAAGCAAAAUAAAUACAAAUUAAUUCAAAACAACUUUACAUACUCACAACUUAAACAAAACACUCAUGGCUAAAGCAAUAACAUAAACCAGAAUAACCCAUCUCACAUUCACACAACCUUUCUCCACAUUGGUGCCAAAUACGCAAUUACUUUUGAACAUGGCGUCCCCCGAACGCAACACAACAUGGCGGCAGACGACUGCAAAUGUUGUUUCACCAACUUACAGCUUACAGCUUCACCUUUAAGCUCAGUACUGCUUGGCUAACACUAAAACAAACACUACAACACAAUUUCUGAAGCCACUAUCAUAGCAGGCCUUAUAGCGCUACGUAACAUAAUAGCAUUAUGCCGAUGAUACACUAACGCUCAUUACAACAAAAUACCACAAAACGACAUCAUCACAAUAAUCUAAAAAUAUAGCCGAAAAGUUGUUGCAUGACAUUCAGAACCAGUUCGGUAAAAGUUGGUUUGUCAGCACCUUUGGAUUAAUAGGGCUUUGGAGCGUGAUGUCACGGGGGUGGGCGUGGAAAGGAUUUUGGCCUGAUGCGCCAUUUUCGGGGUCAAAACAAUAGUGGUGUGCGAUACUGCAUAUUUUGGUAUCGAUCCAAUACCAAGUAAAUUCGGGCCUGUGGUAUGGCAAGAAAUUAAUUGGUUAUAUAAAUAUAUGAGUAUGCAUAAUAGUUAUUAUUCAUAGAUACCUACAUCCUAAGUUCCUGUUAUUCAUCUGAAAGAAAUAGAAUGAGUGUGUCGUUACAAUGGUAAUGCCAGGAGAGGCAGUAUUGGUUCUGUGUUACAUUUAUGUUGUAAGAAAGUGGAAGAAGAGAGUGUCCUGUAGGAGGCAGUAAAAUGGACACUGAUGUUCUGAACAUGUACUGACAAGAAGGUUCAGUAAACAAUUUGCAAUGAUA